AUGAAGAAAAUUGAAAUGGUUGACCAGGAAACACAAUACGAGCCCCCUUUCAAUGUUGAUUUGGCUAUUGCUGAUUUUCCUGAAAGUCCAAACAACCAGGACAAUUAUUCAGCAUCAGAAAAAGAAGACCCAGAAUGGUUGCCAGAGAAUGAUGAGGAAUCAGAUUAUGAGUAUGAAGACACCCCAUAUGAGCAAAAUCCCCAGUCAUACCACCAGGAAAGAAAGUUUAUUGUUUUUGAAUCUUCGCUUCAGCAACUUCUCAUCAGAUGCAACAUUUGCUCUGCACCAACAACGAUUGAGAAGAAAACAACUCGUGGUACAAUGUUAAUUGUUAAAUCGAUAUGUUUAGAGGGUCACUCAAGUGAAUGGAGGAGUCAACUUGAGCAUAACAAAAUGCCAUGGGGAAACUUUCUCUUGGCUGCUUCCAUUCUCUUUUCUGGUUCUCAACCAGCUAAAGUGUUAACCCCUCUCAGGCACAUGAAUAUAUGCUCCAUUUCUGAACGCCUUUAUUCCUUGAUCCAGCAUGCAUACCUCCUUCCAAGUAAGUUUAAACUUUGGGAUCAACAGAAAAAAUUAUUGCUAGAAAGUGUUAAAAACAAAGUUCUAACCCUUGGUGGGGAUGGUCGCUGUGACACACCUGGCCAUUGUGCUAAAUAUGGGUCAUACACCAUAAUGGACUUGGACACAAACAAAAUUGUUGACACACAGCUUGUACAAAGCACUGAAAGAAGAGCAGUUCUGUCCAUAUGGAGCUUGAGGGCUUAAAACGCUGCAUAAAAACAUUGGAGUCAAACAAGAUCAACAUUGGCACUCUGGUUACUGAUCGCCACACUCAAAUAAAGAAGUUUAUGAAAG